UCGUUGACCCUUAGAAUUCCAAUGGCGGCCCCUACGGCGUUGCUCUUGCUUAGCCUCUCCCUCCUAACAAGAGAACCAACUGUGUCUGUCUCUCUCUCUCUCUGUGUCUCUCUCUCUCUCUCUGUGUGAUAUAGUAGUAUUAAAGCCAGGUCACUACACAACAAGUAAAACAACAUAAGCAAAGCAGAUAAGAAGCAACAAAGGCUGCUCUGCUACGAACUGACCAAGAGAGAGAGAGUAUUUGCUUUUUAAAGAAUUUGAAGCUCAAAAAUGGAGGAGCUCUUGUCAUGGAUUAAGCUUCUUGUCGUGUCUUUAAUCUUCUUAGUGUUUCUGCUUAAGGUGGUCGUGUUGCUUUGGUGGAGACCCAGAAAGAUUGAAGACCAUUUCUCCAAGCAAGGGAUCAGAGGCCCCCCUUACCGUUUCUUCAUUGGAAAUGUCAAAGAACUUGUCGGGAUGAUGUUGAAGGCCUCCUCUCAGCCCAUGCCUUUCUCUCACAACAUCCUCCCCAGAGUCCUCUCCUUCUACCAUCACUGGAAAAAAAUCUAUGGUGCAACAUUUCUGGUGUGGUUCGGACCGACUGUUCGUCUCACCAUCGCCGAUCCAGACCUCAUCAGAGAUAUCUUCACCUCCAAGUCAGAAUUCUAUGAGAAGAUUGAGGCUCACCCACUUGUUAAGCAGCUUGAAGGUGAUGGCCUCCUCAGCCUCAAAGGAGAGAAAUGGGCUCACCAUCGGAAAAUCAUCACCCCCACCUUCCAUAUGGAAAAUCUCAAACUGUUGAUACCCGUGGUGGCGAAGAGCGUGGUGGACAUGUUGGACAAGUGGUCAGCAAUGUCGGACUCCGGCGAGGUUGAAAUUGAGGUUUCCGAGUGGUUCCAAACAUUAACAGAGGAUGUCAUCACACGAACGGCAUUCGGUAGCAGCUACGAAGACGGAAAAGCCAUUUUCCGGCUACAAGGACAACAGAUGGCCCUUGCCGCCGAUGUUUUUCAAAAAGUUUUCAUUCCUGGGUAUAGAUUCUUACCCACAAAGAGAAAUAUGAAUUCUUGGAAAUUGGAUAAGGAAAUCAAGAAAUCUGUAGUGAAGCUGAUCGAACGGCGGAAAGAGAGUAGUGGUAGCGGUACUGCUGGUGAUGUAAAAAUGGCGGAGAAAAGUCGCAAGGAUCUGCUGGGCCUCAUGAUUCAGGCAUCAAAUACCUCUCCAUCAUCAAAUAUCACUGUCCACGACAUUGUGGAAGAGUGCAAGAGCUUUUUCUUUGCCGGCAAACAGACCACAUCCAAUUUGCUGACGUGGACAACGGUUCUUCUAGCUAUGCACCCACACUGGCAGGUAAAGGCACGUGAGGAGGUUCUGGGGGUGUGUGGGGCACGUGAUACACCCAGCAAAGAUGAUGUUGUCAAGCUUAAGACGCUCGGCAUGAUCUUGAACGAGUCCCUCCGAUUGUACCCUCCGACGAUCGCGACGAUCAGACGGGCCAAAGUCGAUGUGGAGCUGGGGGGCUACAGGAUCCCACGUGGGACCGAGAUUUUGAUCCCGAUCUUGGCCGUCCAUCAUGAUCAUGCCCUGUGGGGCAAUGAUGCUAAUGAAUUCAACCCUGCCCGAUUCUCCGAGGGCGGGGCACGUGCUUCGAAGCAUCCGAUGGCCUUCAUUCCGUUCGGCCUUGGGGUCCGCACGUGCAUCGGACAAAAUCUGGCAAUGUUGCAGGCGAAACUAGCGCUGGCAAUCAUAUUGCAAAGGUUUUCCUUUAGGUUGUCCCCAAGCUAUCAGCACGCACCGACGGUCCUGAUGCUGCUUUACCCACAAUACGGUGCACCCAUCCUUUUCCGAUCUCUUUCCCAUCCUAUGGUCCCCAAAGAUCAACGGUCCUAAAUAUGUUACCGUCUCUCUCUCUCUAUAUAUAUAUAUAGAGACCAAACAUCGAGUGUGAGCACGCGUAUGCUGCAACCUGGAGUGACCAAAAUGCCCUUGCUGAUAAUUAUAUAUAUAUAGGAGGAUCUAAGAGAUAUGUUUCAAGAAAUAUCGUUGUAUUUUGCCUUCAUCACCUUUGCUCUACUGACCCUCCAAUCUCCAUGUCCAUGAUUUUAUUUUUAUUUUUAUUUUAUUUUAUUUUUUUACCAAAAGAAUGUUUGCCCUGGCGUGUAACCAUGGAUUUCGAUCA